AUGUCUGUCAAAGUGCUACCGAGACGGAGCGGCACGUCUGUUGCUGUGGAUCUGGCCCUCGCCUCGACAUUAUGUCAUGCUUCAGAAGACAUGUUUGUGUUACUCAUGGCCAUCACCCUCGACAUGGUUCGUUUGCAUCUAGAGACCGUGAGACUCGUUUGCGACGUGCUACUGUCCAAAAACUAUCGCAACGUGACCCUCGUAUUCACGAGAGAGAAGAGAAAAUCGAUUUUUCAUAUGAUCGCAUGGAAAUCUGACGUCAGGAUAUAGUUGUAUUUAUUUUCUUUAUUGUUGGCAGUACCCAUGUGUUCUACGGACUUAGGGAACAGGGUCUAUGGCUUUGCCACGGCCACAGCAACAGCAGCCACAGAUUUUCCCGUUCGAUCUAGACACACAACGUACCGACCCGUACAAGCGAAAUUUUGUCUUCACCCCUCCCAGGUGGAAGGGUUGGAAUGUGGUUUUUGCUGUUGUUGUUGCAGGAUCUUGUUCUCCCCUGCGAUGUCACCAGCGCCGGAGGUCGGAGCAUAUGUGGCCAGCCUUAUAUAAUGAUGAACUCUAAUGGCAGAAUGGUAGGUCGGCGUACCACUUAGGAGGACAACGCCAGUGUAUCCAAACCGCCCCGGUUUCCCCAGUAGGCCGAACUACCCGUGAACGGCUUGUGUGGUUUGGAUAGUCUCUAGCGAAAGGUACUCAUCAGUGAGAUGGAAGCCCUGAAAGAAGAACGUUUCUUUACAAGUGAGUGGUAUAUGAUGAGUCAAAGCUUCUUGGUAAAGAGCCAGACAUCCCUGAGAAUAAUGCUGAUAAAGGAAUUACUACAGUCUUCACUGAUUUGGACAUCACAACAGGAGUAUUUGCCAUGGAAAAAUAACAAGAAGUGA